AGGAGAUUACAUUUUGUUUGAGAUAGACAGUAAUACAACAUGCCUGAACCAGCGAAGCCAGCACCCAAGAAGGGAUCAAAGAAGGCAGUGACAAAAGCUGCAGGGAAAGGAGGCAAGAAGCGCCGAAAGACCAGGAAGGAGAGCUAUGCCAUCUACGUGUACAAGGUGCUGAAGCAGGUCCACCCCGAUACCGGUAUCUCCUCUAAGGCAAUGGGCAUCAUGAACUCUUUCGUGAACGACAUCUUCGAGCGCAUCGCUGGGGAAUCUUCCCGCCUGGCUCACUACAACAAGAGGUCCACCAUCACCUCCAGGGAGAUCCAGACCGCAGUGCGUCUGCUUCUGCCCGGUGAACUGGCCAAGCACGCCGUGUCCGAGGGAACAAAGGCGGUCACCAAGUACACCAGCUCCAAGUAAAGCGUUAUCUCAACGCUCUCCAACUCAAAGGCUCUUUUAAGAGCCACCCACCUUUUCUUGGAAAAGUCGUUCCAAUGCCUUUAAGAAAAUGUUUAGAAAAUAUAAGAAAACACUUACGGUGGGCAUAUUCAUUAUAGUGGUGUAUAAUCUUCGAAACUACAUGCCCAACGUUAUAAUUCGUCAAAAUAUAGUAGCUGUUAUUACCACUAAUAGAUAAGUGUUGCAUUAGGAUUUGUGGAGGCGCGUAGUACA